AUGAAGUUCUAUAUCGACGACUUGCCGGUGCUUUUUCCGUACCCACGGAUCUACCCCGAGCAGUAUGCUUACAUGUGCGAUAUCAAAAAGACCUUGGAUGUGGGUGGAAACUGCAUUUUGGAAAUGCCUUCAGGAACUGGCAAAACCGUCUCGCUUCUUUCUCUUACCGUGGCGUACCAGAUGCACUAUCCCGAGCACCGCAAGAUUGUCUACUGCUCGCGGACAAUGUCGGAGAUUGAAAAGGCGUUGGUGGAGUUGCAUCUGCUCAUGGAAUAUCGUGCCCUGGAACUUGGGUAUGUGGAAGAGUUCCGGGGCCUUGGACUCACAUCCAGAAAGAACUUGUGCUUGCAUCCGACCGUGUCGAAAGAAAGAAAAGGGGCAGUGGUGGACGAAAAGUGCCGCCGGCUCACCAACGGACAAUUGAAGCAGAAGCUUGAGCAACAGAACGUUUCACAGGACGAGAUGCGGAACCACUCUGACCAGUACGGGCUAUGCUCGUUCCACGAGAAAUUGUACGACUAUGACCAGCACGACUUGAUUCCCAGUGGCGUUUAUUCGUUCGAGGCGUUGCUUGACUACUGCAAGCAGGCCGGAACGUGUCCUUACUUCACGGUCAGAAGAAUGCUUUCCUUCUGCAACAUCAUCAUCUACUCGUACCACUACCUUCUCGACCCUAAGAUUGCCGAGCGUGUCUCUCGUGAGCUCAGCAAAGAUAGCAUUGUCAUUUUCGACGAGGCCCACAACAUCGACAAUGUGUGCAUCGAAUCGCUCUCGCUAUAUUUGACCGACGACACGCUAAAACGAGCUGGCCGAGGCGCUAAUAAGUUGGCCGAGGCGGUCGAUGAAAUGAAGGCCCAGGAUAGCGCCAAACUUCAGGACGAAUAUGAAAAACUUGUCGAGGGACUUCGACAGAACGAAAUUGCACGAGACGAAGAGCUUUUCAUGGCAAACCCGGCCUUGCCGCAAGACCUUUUGGAAGAGGCUGUGCCGGGAAAUAUCCGAAAGGCAGAGCAUUUCCUCUCUUUCUUGAAGCGGUUUAUUGAGUAUUUGAAAACACGUAUGAAGGUUCUUCAUGUCAUCAGUGAAACCCCAGUCAGCUUCUUGCAGCAUCUCAAAGAACUCACAUUCAUCGAAAGGAAGCCUUUGCGCUUUUGCCUGGAGCGGCUCUCCUUGCUUGUGAGGACGCUAGACUUAGCCGAUGUUGAUGACCUUAAUGCAUUGAAGGAUAUUGCCACAUUCGCCACGUUGGUUUCUACGUACGACACUGGUUUUCAACUUAUCUUGGAGCCGUUCGAAACUGAGGGGGCUGACAGUGCCUAA